AUGCUUCCAACCCUCAGUAGCACCCCUUGUCCCGGGUUGCUGGGAAUGAAAUAUUUUUUUAAAAUUGAAUUAGUACCUAAGUUAACUGUGGUUCAAAUAUAA